AUGUUGCACCAAGCAUCCUUGGUUAAUCUCUUUGAUGAAGAUGAUGAAAUGAUGCCUCCUCCCUCAAAAACUCAAAAAAUGUCAUCCAAUGCAUCAUCCACGGCACGGACUACCAAUGUGAAAGGUCCCAUGAAUCUUUGUUACCCGCAAACAUCAAAGGGGAAGGGAAGCAGUAGCACGACAGCAAUCGACGCAUCCAAGAAGUCGCUAAGAGAUUGCGGCUGUAGUGUGUUUCUUGUGUCAGUCGAUGCUAGUGAUGAAUCUAUGAAUUCCACCAAGAUGUUCAACUUGUUUGAGAAGACUAUUAAGCAAAUUGGGCCGGAAAAUGUUAUACAAGUUGUUACCGAUAAUGCUACCAAGAAUGUUAAAGCCGGUGACAUGAUGAUGGGUGUGUACCCGCACAUUUAUUGGACUCCAUGUGCUGCCCAUUAUAUCAAUUUGAUCAAUAAGGCCAUUGUUGUUGAACAUGAUGAGAAGAUAUACAAACCAAAGAAAUUUGGUGAAACCCUAAAGACAAGAUUUGCAACGGCCUUCUUAACUUUGCAAGCUCUUUACAUGCAAAAGAAAAACUUGAGAACUAUGAUCUUCUCAACCGAAUGGACAGAAAGUAGAUUUGCAAAGGAAAUUUUGGGAAAAGAAGUUGUCAGACAUCUUACUUCUACAUCUUUUUGGAAUGAUGUUGUUAGGGCACUUAAAGUUGGUUCUCCUUUGAUAGUAGCGCUUCGCUUGGUGGAUGGCGAAAAAAAACCAUCAAUGGGCUAUAUUUAUAAAGCAAUGGAUAGAGCCAAAGAAGCUAUUGAAAAGGGUUUUCAUGGCGAUCGGAAGUAA